CUGGCACCUCUAGUUCCAGCUCCCAUUGAUGCGUUCGCUGCAGAGCUGACUAUCACUCUCCCUUUCUAGGUUACUGUAGUUUUGGGUUAAACGGACCAGCUUCGUCUCCGUUUGACAACCGGACCAUUCUUUCUAUUCGUCCACCUUGUCUUUGAGCAUCACCCAAACCGCAGCCACGAUGACGGAGGCGGAGGCGUUAGAAAAGAAGCAGCACAAGUCCAGCAACGGGAAUGUUCCUCCAGAGGCCACCACCAGAGAAGACGCGUUUGAUCACACAUACAAAGAAAAAGAGGGCCCCAAACCUCCCAGGAUCAUCGUAUGGAAAAAUGUCAUAUUGAUGACUUUGUUGCAUAUAGGAGCCGUUUACGGCGUGUUCCUCAUCCCUUCAGCAUCUCCUUUGACCUUGCUUUGGUCUGUACUUUGUUUUUUGAUAAGUGCUUUAGGAGUUACUGCAGGAGCUCAUCGCCUGUGGAGUCACAGAUCCUACAAGGCGUCGUUACCACUAAGGAUCUUUCUUGGUGUUGCUAACUCCAUGGCAUUUCAGAAUGAUAUCUUUGAAUGGGCUCGAGACCACAGGGUUCACCACAAAUAUUCAGAGACGGACGCCGACCCUCACAACGCUGUCCGCGGCUUCUUCUUUGCUCACAUCGGCUGGCUGCUGGUGCGCAAACACCCUGAUGUCAUUGAGAAGGGAUGCAAGCUGGAGCUCAGCGACCUGCUGGCAGACAAAGUAGUAAUGUUCCAAAGGAAGUAUACAAAGCCGUCGGUGCUUCUCAUGUGCUUCUUCAUCCCCAUGAUCGUGCCUUGGUACCUGUGGGGGGAGUCUCUGUGGGUGGCGUACUUCAUCCCGGCCCUAUUGAGGUACACCUUGGUGCUGAACGCCACCUGGCUGGUCAACAGCGCGGCUCACAUGUGGGGAAACAGGCCCUAUGACAAGAACAUCAACCCCAGGGAGAACAAGUUUGUCACGUUCAGCGCUAUAGGUGAGGGAUUUCACAACUACCACCACACGUUCCCCUAUGACUAUGCAACCAGCGAGUUUGGCUGCAAGUUGAACCUUACCACUUGUUUCAUCGACUUCAUGUGCUUCUUGGGCCUGGCCAAGGACCGCAAGAGAGUGUCCCGCGAGUUAGUAAUGGCUCGAAUACAGCGCACGGGAGACGGAAGCCACCGGAGUGGCUAAAGAUCAUCGAGUUGUGGUCAGCUUCAAGGUGAACCAGGCGAAAAAGAGGAAGCUUCACAGUCUUUGACAGCUAUACAUUUCUCAUCUUCUGAGGAUAAAAGUCAGCUUCAUGAGGGCCUUGACCACAUUUUGCUUGUUUUUGUGGUUUUUUGUAGCUGUAAGUAAACAAAUUGUUUAAGAUGGAUUAAAAAAAAAAAAACACAUUUUUGCUAAGCUCUUGGCCUCGGUUUCUAUUGUUCAGUCAGACCAAGGUCUUGCAAAGAUGUUUUAGAUUUGAAGUAGAUACAUUUUAAAAGUCAACUUCAUUCUCCGCUGUUUUUGCCACUUUGGUGUGCAUUUCUCCAUGCAAGAUCAGUCAUGUAGCUGACCAUUUUUAUGUAAGUAUUACUCAAUUAUUAAUCAAAAAUAGACAAGAUGUGGAGCACUGAAAUAUGGAGUGAUGAUGUUUUAACUGAUAAGGUAUGAAACUAAUUGGGAUUGUUGCCUUUAUUGCAGUUUACAGCAAGUUUUUACAGCUCUGAUAUAAAUUAAGUUUUUGAGCGCUCUGAGAUCUACAACAAAAAAGUUUGAAUCACAUUUGUUUUGUUUAAAAAAUGUUGCUGGCUUUAAUGAAAUAUGGCACAUGAUGGAAAAGUGAGGGAACCCAGACCAUCUUCUUAUAACUUGACUAUAUAUGACUUGACAACCAGCGCGGCAGAACUGUGUGGAAAGUGGGUCAUGCACUUUGGUUGUCUUCUGCUGAAAAGAGAAAGCACUUAGACUAAUACUGUAUUCAGUCUGUAAUUGGAUGGAGCUUUUUCAUGACAAUAUAAGGGACACAUUUAUCAUUAAACCAAAACUGCCAUUCAAUUAUAACAGUAAAUGAUAAAUGUUAUUUCACCUCAGAACCAUGCGAUGUUUAAUUGACUUUUUUUGUGUUUUUGCUGAAUAUAUCACAGUGCCAAGAGCGUGCCAAUUUCUCACCAUCUCCGUGGUCCACUAGAGCACACUUAAAAGUCGAUAUCGCUUCUUUGCUCAACAUCAUCGUGGAAGUUUUCUAAUAUUGUGGCAUCAGUGGCUUUUGCUUCCUCUUAUCCAAACAUGUCCCUCUUUUUGUCCUGAAACACCUGCAGCAGCGGGAGAGAUGAUCUCACUGGUCGAUGUAGCAGCCAGUCACAUGACAGUUCUGGUGUUACAAAACAACCUGACACCCAUGCAUGAUGCUAUACUGUAGUAAGUGUUGUAGUGAGGUUUUUUUUUUUUCUUCUUCUUCUUCUUCUUCUUCUUGUCAGUGACUCUUAUGGCAGAACUGCGUUUAUUUUUGUAACGUACCGUGGAGCUGCAUCGCUUUUGGAUCAUCAGAACUGUUGCUGUGGUGAUUUCUGAGACGAUGGGGGGGGUGGGUCUGGCUUCCCUUUGAUGUCCUACAAAGCUGAUUGUUGUUGCAAAAUUUCAGGUGCAUCGAUGUUUAUGUUCAUCUUUAAUUCUGGUGUGCGGAAUGCUUACAUUAUCUUAUUUAUGUAUUUAUUUUUUCUUAUUGACUUAAAAAAAAUAUAUUGCUCUAAUCUGAAGUUUCUGCAUUCCAAGAUUUGGCAGACCGUCUCAUAAAAAUACAUCAAAUUGAAGCACCUUAAUUUUUUUUUUUCCCCAAGAGUCAGGAUACAACCUAAUGCCUUAUGACUUGCAUCCAUUCCUGAUCUUCUUCGUUUCCUGUCAGUUAAGACAAAAAAUUAAAAAAAAGUACCACAAGUACCACAAAACAGGUCCAUGUUUACAGGCUGAAGCACCAGGUUUUUGUUUUUAUACCACACAGGCAUUUAAUUUAGGCAAAUGGUUGCAUGACAGCAUCAAUACGAUAAAUGCAAAUGAAAGGAUAGAGGUUCAUUUUCAAAGAAUCUGAUACAAACUUCAAUGCCUGGUGCGGGCGUUUAAUUGCGAGAUUUAACUUGCAAAACAUGGUCCCUGAUGGAUGUGCCAACCAGUUUUGAAUCUGUGACAGCGUCGCAGUAUGAGAACUCUCCCAGACAAAGGUGCUUGUCAUGAGGAAUGUUAGAGCACCGUCAGAGCCCUCCAACCAAACCCAGACAGUAAAUAUCACAAGCCAUGCAAACAUCUCCCGCUGUCCAGAGCGCCGAAAUCAACAUUUUCCUAAUGACAGGGAGGAUCAAAAGGUUAGUCGGUCUGAAUGAUUAUGUCAAAUCUCAACUGUAUUCUAUUCUGAAAUAAAAUUCACAAUAUUUUCAAUACACUCGUAA